GGCGAGAGUUAGCAGAACUAGGGUUGGAAGUCCCGAUCCGUGCCAGCAUGCAUGGUCUGCAAAUUAGUGUAGGUCAUUUCCUCCGUCUGUUCGAGAUCUAUAAUCCUGACACUAAUACGUUCUUCACCAAGAACGGGGAGCUCGGGUUAGCAUUGUACGAAAUGAUGAAGGUGUCUGGCUUGCCCAUAGGUGAUGUUCCAUAUCAAGAGUUCUUCCCAACCACCAGUCAGCUUAAUAAGAUGAAGGAUCGGUCAUCUGUGACCCACGAGACUUUAUGGGAGCUGACUUGUCAUUAUCAUAUAGCUAUGGCUGAGAUGGAAACCAAAGCUAGGAAGAAAUCUCCCCAGGUCAGCUUAAAGCAAUUCGCCGAUUAUCUGUUCAAAAACCUGGAGGAUCGAUCGGGAGAGGUAUGUGGAUUAUCUCCUUUGAGCCCGGGUGACAUCAAUCGGCUGUUGGAGAAAACAAACGCACAAUCUUACACUUCUCAUUCAGAAGAUGGGUUUUCGCACGGAACUAAAUUCCGCUCUUAUUUGUUUCAAGCUGGUGUUCCGAUUCGCCCCACUACUCUGCUGGCUGGCUUUCUGGCCAUAUGGUUGAAGAGAUGUGUAGUUCCUCACCAGUCAUCCGACGCUAUGCCAAUGGAAGUGUUGUAUCCAGCCGUCCAGUUAGCCACAGGUCGCAGAUUAUCCUUGCUUCCUGCUAUGGUGGCGGCUAUUCACAGUGGGUUACGGCAGUUAGUUUCCGCAUUCACGCAAGAGAAAAAGAAACCCUCUGCCAGUAUAUCUGUUCCGAAACUAGAAUUACCCUACACUUAUUUGAUGACAUGGUUGGUUCUGCACCGGCCAGAUUUAAUGGAAGCUCCUGAGACGGUGGAUCCUAGUCUUCCUCUUUUACAGACCCUUGAGGGUUGCAAAUGGAUCAACCAUCGAUGGCCGGACAUAACGAGGCAGUUCAAAAUUCAUAAGUGUUGGGAAUUCUUCCCUUGCUUCCCUCGGUUCUCCGGCACUUACAACACAACUUUAUUGGAUGCUGAAGACCCGAGGCAGAACCGUACUGUUCUAGAUGUCGGAUGUUUCAGAUGGCUGAUGAAUAUCCGACCUGGAUAUCUGUUGUUCAGGGCGCCGCCUCUACGGAUGACCUUCCUCUUUUGUAAGUGGUUGAUUGCCGCUAAUAUCGUCACUCGACGUGGGAGAGUAUCGGACUCAGAGGAAGAGGCAGCUCCGCAGCAAGCGACAGAGGCGACUCAUGAGGCUAUGGUGUCGACUCGAGGAAAAGAGGCUGCUGAAUCCUCGAGAAAAGGAAAGGAACCGGUUCUUCCAGCUGGUAGUGAAGAGGAAUUUGAUAGUGAGGAAACAGAGACUUCUGAAGACCUUCUGUCGCUCCGGCCCAACCACAAGCUGCUCCGAAAAAAUGGGGAGAGAGAGUCGUCAUGA